GCUAAAGCAACAAGAUUCGUGAAUUCCAAAACACAUUAAUAAAAACACUUUUAUUACUAAUUAUCUAUGAUGGGUUGCUUACGCACAGACGCGAUUUUUAUGGAAAUUCUACAAGAACGCAAAACAAUAACGGGUUUCCUUGAUGCGGUUUUUGGAUUCCUUCGAAGAAAAACCGAUUUCUAUUACAUUAAAAAAGAUCCCAGUGAAAAAAUUGGGUUUGUUAAGGGCGUACGCGAGCAGAUUCUAUUUGGUGCGAUGCAGCGCUAUGAUCCGGAAUGCAAAUUGAAUAAUCUAGUCGCCGAAAGUACGGAAGACGAUGGUAUUUAUGCGCCCCCUGCUGUGGAAGAAGUUGAAGUAGAAACAGAAGAGAUGCAUACGGACCUCGGAAAAGAUGACAAUUCUUCACAACAAUCCAAAGACUUGAAUACUGCUGCAGCGCCAAAAUUGCAAGGCACCGAUUUCGCAGCAGCAGAUUAUAAAAACGGCUCAUGUUUUAAAAAUUACUGUUGGUCACAAACAUUGAGCGAAGUAGAGUUACAUGUUAAAUUGCCUAGUGAUUUAAAAAGUGCAAAAUCGAUUAGCAUUGAUGUUAAACCCGACCAGAUUUCGGUGCAGAGUCGACUUAACCUCAAUGAUAUUCUUGUAAAUGGCCAGAUCAGUAAUAGGUGCAAACACAACGACGCAGUAUGGACGAUAACGGAUGGAAAACUAUCAAUAAGUCUGGACAAAACGAAAGAAAUAUGGUGGGAGAAAUUCUUCACCACAGAAGAUCCGAUAGAUGUGAAGAAAAUUGAUUGCGAGCGGUACAUUGAUGAAUUGCCAGAAGAUUCACAGGCUGCAAUACAUAAACUACGUACUCAACAACUAGAGCAAGAUGGUAUGAAUACGGAGCAGGCAACGACUGACAUCGACAGCAAAGACAGCACUCUUGAGAGAUUACGGACAGCGUGGGAUGCAGAAGGAUCACCAUUCAGAGGGCAACCGUUUGAUCCAUCCGUUGUAAAAUUCAGCUAAUGAUAUUUUAUAAACUUUAUUAUUAGUAUAUUAGUACAAAAAUGUGGAUGUUAUCUAAAUCUUAAGCACUAUAACUUAUUGCAAUGAAA